AGGACGACGAAAGGAAUGAAUGCUGAUACUUGUGUUUCUUAUUGUGAUCCGGCUGCCAUGGAUUCCUACUACAACGCAGCCUCCCAGGACACAGAAGGCUCCUCGCCUUUUAGGGCAUUUCAAGCAAGUGACAAGUUCAGCCCUACUUUCCUGGCCAGCAAAGGACAAGGCUUUGGUGACAGCAGCACUAAGUGCCGGAGCCGCUACAGCCAGCAGGAAUGCCAGUCCCUGGAUGGCAGCGUGCAGGCUCCCGGCUCCGCCGGGUCUCCGGCCUCCUUUAACAAAUACCCUCCGCAGCAGCAGCCGCCGCACCUCUACAUGCAACGAGGCCCCUGCAAAACCCCCCCGGACAGCAACAUCAAGCUGCAAGAGAGCAGCGGCCACAACGGAGCCCUGCAGGUCUCCUGUUACGGUAAGGAAAGCGGUUUGGGAGAGGCUGACUUGCAGCCGAGCUCUGACCCAUCAGCAAUGGACAGCAGCUACCUCAGCGUGAAGGAGGCCGGGGUGAAAGUGCCCCAGGACAGGGCCAGCACAGACCUCCCCAGCCCCAUGGACAAGGCCGACUCGGAGAGCAACAAGGGCAAAAAGCGGAGGAACCGCACCACCUUCACAAGUUACCAGCUGGAGGAGCUGGAGAAGGUCUUCCAGAAGACCCACUAUCCCGAUGUCUAUGCCAGGGAGCAGCUAGCCAUGAGGACAGACCUCACUGAGGCUCGUGUACAGGUGUGGUUUCAGAACCGGCGAGCAAAAUGGCGCAAGCGGGAGCGGUUCGGGCAGAUGCAGCAGGUCCGGACCCACUUCUCCACCGCCUACGAGCUGCCUCUGCUCACCCGUGCUGAGAACUACGCCCAGAUCCAGAACCCCUCCUGGAUUGGCAACAACGGAGCCGCCUCCCCUGUGCCCGCCUGCGUCGUCCCCUGCGAGACGGUGCCCUCCUGCAUGUCCCCCCAUGCUCACCCCCACGCGGCCGGCGGCGUCUCCGAGUUCCUCGGAGUCUCUGGGCCCGGCAGCCACGUGGGACAGACUCACAUGGGUGGCCUCUUCGGCGCAGCCGGGAUGAGCCCCAGCCUCAACGGCUACGAGCUGAACAGCGAGCCGGACCGCAAGACCUCCAGCAUCGCUGCCCUGAGGAUGAAAGCAAAGGAGCACAGCGCCGCGAUCUCCUGGGCGACAUGACAGGGCUGCGGCCCAGUGCCCGUGGGACACGGAGAGAGCGCACGGGGACAGCCCGAUGAAUCCAUCCGCUCGGACUCCAGACAGCAGUUGCCUCCUCGGGGAUCUGAAUGCAGCACUUUUAGCUACCCUAGGCAUGUAAAGUACAUACGUUAAUGUAAGUGGAGUGUUUCCAGCAUGAACGUGGCAGCUCCUGGCCUCCUGGGAUCGGGCAGGGAGAGGGAGGCUGUGGAGCAGCACCUCUUCCAUCAAGAUCUGGGAUGGGAUGCGUCCCUUCUCACUGCCACCUCCCCAAUAACCUGGGCAUUUUUUCUUCCCGCUGUUUUUUCUGACACCACCUCUGCCUUUCCAGAGAGCAAGAGCCCACUGGCUCUUCAGCAGCUUUUCCCACCCCACUACCCGCCCACACACACACUCACACACACAUAUUCUGCCCUGAGCAGGGGACUAGGUGGGGACUCUGGCACCAGCAAAGAGACUCCCCCAUACUGCCACCAGCAUUUUAGCAGGAGCUACAACUUCCCACAGCCGAGUGGGGAACAGGGCUGGGAAGACAACCGAAGCUAGAAAAAGGGCAAUAUUAGCCCACCUCCUUCUUCCCUGCUUCCUCUCCAUCUUGUACUCUGAAAUGAAGCACAGAGUUGUAGAGGCCUGUGAAGGGGAUGCCUCUCUACCCACCAUGGAUGGUGUUAUCAUGCUGAGAGUCUUUGCUAGCCCUCUGGUGACCCAGAUGGAGAUACACCCCAGCAAACAAAAGCUUCCCAGCAUGGCUCAAUGCCCCAGGGAGUGCCUGGGCCUUUCCCUGGUUGUGGUCUGUGUUGAGGCUCAUCAGUAUGGUGGUACAAGAAAAGAUUUCUUCUGUCUUUUACUGGGUCAGGAAUUAUUAACUUCAAUUUAGAGACAGCAGCUCUGGCAGGGAAGCACAAUUGCUAUGUAAAUCUGCAAGUCCCCAGAAAGACUGCUCUAAGAAGAGCUCAAGCGCUAGCACACAGCCACAGUGGCACAAGGCCACCAAAUUCCUCAUGCACCUCAUCCUGGGGUCAGACAUGUGCAAUGACAGGCCCUCCCUCAGCCUUCCACCCCAGUGCCCUGUUGCACACAGUGGCUGUGGGCAUCUCUGCACCAGGGACAGCAAAGGGAACAGGCUGGGAAGGGGCUCAAGGGAGGACAAGGUGAUGUUGCCCCAUCUCCAGCCACCUCAGAUUGUCUUCACUUUGCAGAGGAAGUAGAAGAGACCAGAACUUCUCUGGUUUGUGUGAACAAACGCGCCUGUCCGCUUUUCCCUCUCAGUGCUCUUACCUGCCCAGAGUUGUUAAGUAAGAUUUCCUUUGAAAGGCUAAACCUUUUACAAGUUUUUCAAUGAUCAUAGUGCAUGGAAUAACUUCGAAACAUCCUUUUACCCCACUGAAAUACCACCAAGGAGAAGCUGAAAGUCAGCUGAGCACUACCACCCACACAGUGUGGCCCUACAGUCUGGGCUUGAGCCUGCGGUAGCCAUCUCCGAGAUUCACAAGGGAAUUAUAGGAUACUACUCCCAUAAAAACUGGUUUGUCACCCUACCCUCUUUCCUCAUGUUCAGUGUUAGGGAAUCUUAUAGUUUAAGGUCCAGGAAUAUCUAGUGGUCUUGGAAAAAGUUACAAAUAAGCUACAACCAAAUGUCAGGCUUCAGGUUAAUGAACCAUACAAGUAUUUCCAUAGUGCCUAGACUGUCAAUACACUACCUUAAUGAUAGACUAUUGCUAUGUCAAAAGUAAUAUAUUUACUGGAAUAAGAAAACACCAGCAGUACUGUUUCUUUUCUCUCCUCAGAAAUGCUAAGAGAUGCCUUCCCUGCUACGCACAGGGAGCCGGCAUGCAUUUCACCACACCAUCUGCAUAUCCAGGGCCUCUCCCAUCACAAGCAGCCAGGAUUUACAUCCCAGCCUAAACAUUCAGCGGAGGCCUCGGGCAUGGUGGCUUAGAUGCUGAAAGUGAUGCUGAUCACUGAACCAGGCAGGAUCACGCUGACCAGUUGGAGGUGUAUACAUCCCCACUGGGUACCCCAGAGGCCACUGAGCUUCCCAGCCAGCCAGGGACUGGUGGCAGGAGGCAGUUUGUCCAUGAGAUUUGUGCAGACAGCUGAGCACAGAGUUGAGAACCUUUUUCCAGGUACACUCGGGAGCUUGAUGCUUCCCACCAUCAGCAAGCAAUCAGUGGGGGGCUGCUGCCUGAACGGUCCAGUACCGUUGCUGAUAAGGCAAAUUAGCAACAAGCAGAGCUAAUGAGAGGGGAGUGGGGCAGGUCUCGCUUAGCCUGCAAGUUCUGAAGGCAGCUCCAGUGGAGGGCUGUAUGUAUUCAAGAGCUUAGCUGCAUUCCCUACUGAAGUUAAAGGGUAGCUUUUCCUCACAGACUUCCACAGGGGCAGUAUUUCAUCUGAGCUGUUUAACAGCCCGGAGGAUUAAGUGCCGUAUCCCUAUCUUGUUAGAGAGAGAAGAGAGCCUCCUGGCAGCAGACUUGGCAUUCAGAGAAGCUUGGCCCCCACUUUCUCUCACCUUAAAAUUCAUGUGGAAAGCACAUGUUGGACUCAGUCUAAUUUAUACACCACUGCGCAUGCCCAGCCCUCAGCCUGCCUGAAAACACUGUGAGGCAAGGGGAAUGUUGUUCCCUGGACCCCCUUCUGCAGGGCUCCCUUCCCACCUCCAGCUGCACACAGCCCCACUGCUCAUCGGGCUCUGCCUCACCCCUCUGGGUGCUGCUGCCAUUCCAGCACAGUCCCUUGCACCCACAUUUCUGGUAAUGCUGGAAGGGGUGCCCCUCCCAAAUCUUCAAAAGCAGUUGUUCCGGUAGUUUUAAGCUACAUGCAUCUGUACUUACACACAUUUUUGAAAUUAAUUUAAAAGGGGUUUUAAAACUAGCUGUUAAAUUAACAACUGUACAAAUAUAUAUAUAUACUUUUA